GGGUUCGAAUAGAGUCAUGGUUUCUCCAGUGCUGGGGCUGUGUACUUUCUACUGCCUACUGGUUCACUGGGUUUUUGGCAGUCCCAUCAUGAACCUGGAACCUCUGGAAGAAGACAUGCCACUCUUUGAUGAUGUCUUUUCAGAACAAGAUGGUAUUGACUUUAACACACUGCUGCAGAGCAUGAAAAAUGAGUUUCUCAAAACAUUGAACCUGUCUGAUAUCCCUCUGGAAGACUCAGUCAAGGUUGACCCACCAGAGUACAUGUUGGAACUCUACAACAAAUUUGCAACAGAUCGAACCUCUAUGCCAUCUGCCAACAUCAUUAGGAGUUUCAAAAAUGAAGAUCUGUUCUCCCAACCAGUCAGUUUUAAUGGGCUCCGGAAAUAUCCUCUCCUCUUCAACGUGUCCAUCCCUCACCAUGAAGAGGUUAUCAUGGCUGAACUUAGGUUGUAUACGCUAGUGCAAAGAGAUCGCCUGAUGUAUGAAGGAGUGGACCGGAAAAUUACCAUUUUUGAAGUACUAGAGAGCAAAGACGAGAGAGACAAUGAAAGAAACAUGUUGAUUUUGGUGUCUGAGAAGAUCUACGGAACCAACAAUGAGUGGGAGACUUUUGAUGUCACAGAUGCCAUCAAACGCUGGCAAAAAUUAGGUUCAUCCACCCACCAGCUGGAAGUCCACAUUGAGAGCAGACAUGAAGAAGCUGAGGGUCCUGACAGGGGACAACUAGAAAUAGAUACCAGUGCCCAUAAUAAGCAUGUACCUUUGCUGGUUGUGUUUUCUGAUGAUCAAAGCAGUGACAAGGAACAUAAGGAGGAAUUGAAUGAAAUGAUUUCUCAUGAGCAAUUUAUGGAACUGGACAACUUAGGCCUGGAUGAUUUCUCCAGUGGCCCUGGGGAAGAGGCUUUACUGCAGAUGAGGUCAAAUAUCAUUUAUGAUUCCACUUCCCGAAUCAGAAGGAAUGCCAAAGGGAACUACUGCAAAAGGACCUCCCUCUAUAUUGACUUCAAGGAGAUUGGGUGGGAUUCCUGGAUCAUCGCUCCACCUGGAUAUGAAGCCUAUGAAUGCCGUGGUGUUUGUAACUAUCCUCUAGCAGAACACCUCACACCCACAAAACAUGCAAUCAUCCAGGCUUUGGUUCACCUCAAAAAUUCCCAGAAGGCUUCCAAAGCCUGCUGUGUACCCACAAAGCUGGAACCCAUAUCCAUCCUCUAUUUAGACAAGGGCGUUGUCACCUACAAGUUUAAAUAUGAAGGCAUGGCAGUCUCUGAGUGUGGCUGUAGAUAGGAGUUCCGAGGCUUAUUUAACAACUGUAAAUGUGUAUAUUGUGUUACUAUUUAAUGAGAUUAUUUAUGAGGGUGUACAGAAAAUACAGGCUU